GUUAAUGAUUGUCUUACGGUGUUUAUUCCUCAUCCAAGUUUGUAUUUCGGUGUUUAAAACCAGAGCAGUAAAGCCACACACAUGCGGAAUUCAGAAUAAUAUCUAAGAAGGUUUCUCUCCUAUUGUCUGUUCCCUGCGAGCUCUUGGACACUGAACGUCAUACUGCUUUUAAACAUAGUCCUGCACCACUUCGGGAAUAUACACCUUUCCUUUGCUCCGGACAUUGAAACAAGGCCCCCCUCCAUGGCUCUGCAGGUCUUGGGAAUCACUCUUUCGAUGAUCGGCUUUGCGGGAACCAUUAUCAUCUGUGCAUUGCCCAUGUGGAAGGUAACUGCAUUCAUCGGCACAAACAUCGUGGUGGCGCAGGUCUUCUGGGAGGGACUGUGGAUGACCUGCGUUCACGAGCGCACCGGUCAGAUGCAGUGUAAGAUGUAUGAUGCCCUGCUGGAUUUGGAUCCGUCCUUGCAGGCCGCACGUGGACUAGUGGUGACCACCAUGGCAUUGGCUUGCCUGGCUUUCCUUAUCUUCCUAGUUGGAGCCAACUGCACCAACUGCCUAGAUAACCCGCGCGCCAAAGCACGGAUCGUCGUGGUCUCUGGGAUUACCUUCAUGCUUUCUGGACUGACUACUGUGAUACCUGUGUCUUGGACCGCCCACUUCAUUAUCAGGGACUUUUAUAAUCCCAUUGUCCACGAAGCAUUAAAGAGAGAGAUGGGGGCAGCCCUCUAUGUUGGCUGGGUAACUGCAGGGUUUCUGUUUAUUGGUGGAGCGGUUCUCUGCACAAGCUGGCCAUCGGAGAGGGUCAACAAUUCACAGAGAUAUUCCGCAGCCAAAGCCGGCACCCACAGCAGCUAUGCCAUAAAAAACUAUGUUUGA